AUGGUAGCCAAAAAAGGUUCUAAAAUUACUAAAAAACUAAAAAAAAAAACAGUCAAAAAAACAAAUUUAGUGAAAGGGAAAAAACAGAAAGUAACAAAAAGCACAAAAGGAAUAAAAUAUGUACUAGAUUGCACAAAACCAGUAAAGGAUACGAUUCUUGACAUAAGUGGAUUGGAACAGUUUUUUAAAGAUAAAAUAAAAGUAGAUAAAAAAACAAACAAUUUAAAAAACAAAAUAAUAGUAACUUCGGAUGAUUGUAAAAUAUAUAUAACCGUACAUAUUCCAUUUUCAAAAAGAUAUAUUAAAUAUUUGGCUAAAAAGUAUUUAAAGAUGCAUCAGAUUAGAGAUUUUUUGAGAGUCAUUGCAAAAGGAAAAUUAGCUUAUGAAUUUAAAUAUUUUCAAUUAAAUAAUUAA